AUGCCCUGGCAUUUGCGCUACCUGGGCCAGCCAGAAAUAGGCGACAAGAACCGCCACGCCCUGGUGCGCAACUGCGUAGACAUCGCUACUUCGGACAACCUGACAGACUUCCUGGUGGAGAUGGGCUUCCGCAUGGACCACGAGUUUGUGGCCAAAGGGCACGUGUUCCGCAAGGGCAUCAUGAAGAUCGUGGUGUACAAGAUCUUCCGCAUCCUGAUGCCGGGCAACACGGAGAGCAUUGAGCCGCUCUCCCUCUCCUACCUGGUGGAGCUCAACGUGGUGGCGCCAGCAGGACAGGACGUCGUUUCUGAUGACAUGAGGAACUUUGCUGAGCAACUGAAGCCUCUAGUGCACCUGGAAAAAAUUGACCCCAAAAGGCUAAUGUGAUUGAAAAGCUGGGCAGUUAAGGCAUUGGUUUUGUUAGUGUUCCUGAAGAGGGCGUUUUUCUAAAAUGCCUUUCGUGGGCAAAUCAAAACAGGGAGAGGGGAAUAAAGGACUGCAUAUCA